AUGGCUGAGCAAGCCGAUGGUGUCCCAGCCGGGGCACGACACAACACUGGUUCAUCACCAUUGUCCGACUCUACGAUUACCGCACCACCUUCUCCGACAUCCUCGCUGGAUCGCGAACGCCAGCAGAAGAAAUCGUCUGACGCAGCUGAGUACAUCCUUGGGGUCGUCCGACCAGAGACAUCCACCGCCAAAUCUUCUGCCGGGAGGACGUCCGCAGCGAAGUCCUCCGCAGGAAAGAAGCGUGCAACCGAAACUCCCGCUGCAGAUCCUGCCGAUGUGACCGUCAACGCGUCAGGUAGCAAGAAGAGAAACACCCCGCGUGUCGACCGCGCUGGCAAUGUUCGACCCGAUAACAUGAGGUUCCUCACGCGCGACGUUGCUGGCAAGCUUGACUCAGAGUUGACAGGCCAGGAUACUCAGCUCGAAGAGAUCCAAGACUGGAUCAAAAGCAAGAAGUACAAGAAGUUCGAACUUCUGCCCGACGCAUCCGAGUACACAUUCGAAGACAUGGAUCCAAACUUCGUGACUGAACCCCUGAGUCUUAAAAAUCAGGGUAGGAAGCUUCUUGUUGGAAAGGACGGAGACACGGGGGGUUUGGGCUAUCUUGCCUGCUCAUCCGAAGAAGCUGAAACCUUCACUGCGAUCAAAGACAUGAAGAAGCUGAACGACAGCAUUGAUGAGCUUUAUUACCCGUUCGAUGCAUUUACGCAUAGCGCGCGGGAAGAUGCUUUGGUGCAGCUGCUGGCUGUUCUCGGCUAUGUGUUCUUGCUCUGCGGCGAAGCGGACGUUGUCUUUACAGAUUCUUCGAAGGGUCCCCACACUUUGGGCACUGCGCUUACGUGUAUCAAAGAGACGUAUGCUCCGAAUGACGAACAUGCCACCGCUGCCACGGUUGAUAGGAAUAUCCAAACUGGUGGUGUUGCAUCUAGCGAUACUUCCGAAACCCAGUUGGAGACAGUCAACAAGGUUUUGAGCGAGAAGAAAAUGUUCGAUAGCAUGCAGACUCUGGUUUCAGAUCGUUCGAUCUACGUCUUCAAGGAUUACACACCCGGAACACUCCAGCGUAAAGGCAUUGUAAAGGCGCACAAUAGGGCGCUUUUUCUAGGUGAAGACGGCCACGUGGAAGCCUGGGCUGUCAUAUCGCGCGAACCGAACAAGGCAGGCUUGGGCUGGAUCGUGAACUACGACAAGGCGACUGGCGAACAGUGGGUCGCGGACUUCUGGCUGAAUGUUCCAACGCUCACGUUCCCGUUCGAGGCGUUUCAGCAGAAGGGUAAAGAGGUCGACUGGCGCAAGUUGACGUACACGAUUGCAUACGUGUUUCUGUCAUGCCAUGAGGCAGAGGUGGCUUUGAAUAAGGGAAAAUCGUUCUGGAAGCACUGUUCUUCGAUUCCCAAGGACGUGGCGAAGCACUAUGGAUCGCGUGAGUUUGUCGUUUGCCUCGUUUGCCUCGUUUGCCUCGUUUCAUUUUCGCUGAUGUGUUUAGUUUCCCCUCCUAAAGGCUGGCCGUACUUGCGAAAGCCGGGUGAUUUCCCUGGUCCUGGUCUAGCGCAGACACCGAACGAUGGACACGCUUCCUCUACGACUGCUCCGAAUGCCCCUGACGUCGAUGCGCCCUCUUCCGGCAAGACCAAUACCCGCAACGUCUUACGGAAGAAGGGCACAAAGCCAAAUGGCAACACAGUUCGAAACUCCCUGCAAGAGAUUCUAGGCCCGAAUUUCAAGCUGCCUGUCCAGACGCUAGGUCGCACCGCCGAAUCAUCCGUCUCCACUCUUCAAGAUGAUCGUACGUACACUGCCCCGGACGGCGAAUAUCGUUCCAUCGACGACCUCGACACGGCUCUCUUCCUCCAGGAUCAACGUGACGACAAAGGCAAGCGGUCUGCCUUCGACGAUCAGGAGAAUCGGCCUGCAAAGUUCCAGCGUCUUGAGGCUACACGCGCAAGGGCAACAAAGCUUCGUCUUCGCCAAGAGCGCAAGGUUGGAGAAGUAAAGCGACUGCUACAGGAAGAGGAGCGGAAGAUGAUGCUUUUGGAGGAGACUGAGUGUGAUUUGGCCGGCGAGAUGGGCGACUUGACAGCGGCGAUGACUGACAACGGCAUCGCUGAGCUUCAGCGUGCUUAA